AAAACAUAUUCAAACAUCAAGACAACAUCUACCUACCAGCUUACCAUCUUCACCCUACACUACUUCCACACCCAACUCCAAUCAAGAUGAAGUUCACCACCGCUGCCAUUGCUGCCGCCGCUGCCAGCCUCGUCACUGCUCUUCCCACCGACUCCAAGAUCAAGGAUGGCGAUGUCUUCACAAUCCAAACCAUCCGCUCAGGCAGCGACUUCCAGUACAGCACCUUCCAGGCUGUCCAGAACUCCCUUGUGAUCAACGCAGGCGAGCAGAACGCAUCCUGCGGUCCGGAACCCCACAACUACGCUUCGUUCCAGCUCAGCAACGGCAGCCUCUACCUCUACACUGCCAACCCUCCUCAGCAAUUCUUCGUCGACAGGUCCGGCAUGGGUCAGGGCGUUAUCCAGUACACCACCGGUGCUCAACCCAUGGUGAAGAACGGAGAAAGGACCACCUUCGCCAUCAAUGACGACGGAAACCUUGUCUUCCGUGACCAGACUGGCGAGGACAUCGAGUUCCAGGCUUGCCAGCCUUCUAUUGGCGGCGGGUACUCUGUCUGGUUGGGCGGCGUUACCAAGCCUGCUGGAGCCGAGGAGUGCUACGGCUUCACCGCAAGGGCGAUCAAGGAAGAGAACCCCACCAAGUGCCUCUACACCCAGUACCCAUAAGGGAACUGCAACGGACACUUUGGCUUCGUCGAUCGCGGAUCGUAAAGACUACCUACACUGUAAAUAUUUGAGCGGCAAUCUUUUCUUGUAAAUACAAAACGUAUAUAGACAACUUUAUUUCAACCCAAACAAACCCCGAUCUUGACAGUGAUUUCGUCUGUAGUAGGCAGUUUGACCUGCUGUUGCCCGUGGUAUGUUGUUGUGGCGGGUUUCCUACCAAUCCACCACACAGCCGGAAGGGAGAGAUGAAUCGGUAUUGAGAUAGAAAUCCAGCUCAUGGAACGAAGAUGCUGGAAACUCAUCGCGACAGUGGACGAACAGAAACCAUCGAAGAAGAAAGAGGGAGAAUGACGCUCACCCCAAAAGCAACGCGAUUGUGGUGUGAACUUGGAUAGGAAAGUGGAGAGGU